GCACAUGCAUUUCUUUUAGGCAUUAUAUGUGUGUGCAGGAUUUUUCUAAACACUUCUGGAAGAGAAUGACAGACUGUACUGUCUCAAAACUAAACUAAGCUUCCUACAUAAACAGCAUUUUUGGGCAUCAUACCAUUCCGAAAAAUGCAGCAUAGGCAGAUGAUGCCCAAAACUGAUGCUUACAUUGCCCCAAAAUUAUGUAAAUGCACAUAUGAUGCUCAAAAUGUUGCAUGUGCGCAUAGAUGAUCAAAACUGUUCUGCAUCUGCCUGUGAUGGCCAAAAAUGCAGCAUGUACACCAAUGAUGCAGUGCUAUAUAAAAUGUUGGUUCCUAGAAAUGCUGCACACAUCUACAGUAUGAUGUCCCCCCAAAAAAUGUUGCCUAGAUAGGGAGCUCACAAGGUUUUGAGACACAGCCUAUGACAUUCUCCUUCAGAAGUGUUUAGAAAGGCGCACACACACACUGCAGUGAAGUUGAGAUGCUCACCUCCUGCUGUUAUAUUUUCACUGACAUUCUAACAGAAGACAGCUGCAGGUAGAUAAAUGAUUUAACAAUGUCAUCAUCCAAAAAGACGCUAUUGCUGCUGGUUUAUGUAUUAUGCGCGUUCCGUUCUGCGCGCUCGGGGGACUCUGGAGACACCAGACCCUGCUCGGGAUCACACUGUCCGGGAGGCAGAUCGCCCAGACCACCGCGACAACACAAUCCGACAACACAGAGCAGAUCAAUAAAUCAACAUCAUGCUCCCUUCAGCUUUCCAUCUGAACAUCACGCACCGUUUCUGUCCCAGCGCGGGCGGUCUGGAGACCAGACAAGGGAAACCGUCCAGACGCGCGUCGCUGGAGUUUUUGAUCCUGUGUGCGCAGAUUGCGUUACGCCUCAAGGACCAGAUCAUGUUGUCAACGACACGAGAGAAUGUAAAGGAAUUGAGUGCCGUCUGCCACUAAGGAUACGACAAAAGCCCCGAUCGAGACCCUGUGCUGGAGACGGGUGUGUGCCCGAGCCAAGCCAACCUCCCCUCAUCCAUGUGGCAGACAGAGCCGCUCAGUUUCUGGGGGAAUUUCCGGACAUUGGAUAUCCCGCAUCCGAGGUCGGGGCUCCUCUGGGAGUUCAACUCACUUGUGACAUCAAACCAGGAGAGAAUGAGGUCCCUGCCGAGGACGCACUUAUCCUACACCUACAGCUGGCAAAGGGACAAGAGAAGCUGGUGGAGGCUUUGAGAGCUCAGCAAGUGGUGAUCCGUGAUCUGCAGCAGAGACUGGUUGAACAGCAGGGGGCCCUCCUCUCCCAGCAGCGCGAGAUACUCAGCCAGCAGCGGCGCAUGUUCGAGCAGAUGGAUGUGGUGAAGGCUCAGUACGGUCUGCUUUCCGAGACGGUCAAGCAAGUCUCUUUUCAAGGUCUGCAGGAAGAACUGCAAAGCUAUUUUGAAAGCCACCUGUCUGAUCUUCAGAACCAAGCACGUAGCCAUCUGCAAAAGUCCUAUGCUGUGCAUAAGGUAGAUAUGGACACCAAAGUGAUGAAUGUAGUUGGGGAUGCAGGGCACCCAUUGUUGGGCUGUCAAAUUGCUUGUGGACCUGAAGAAUACUGUGACUUCCAAAAGGAUCCACCGCAGUGUGAAAGGUGCACUAUAUGCCCCCCUGGAUUCUUCCUGGUGUCACAGUGCUCGCCCACUGCUGAUAGGAUGUGCCAGGACAGGGAUGAAUGCCUCGAAUUACCAAGCUUGUGUGGGGAGCGAGUAAAAUGUCUCAAUACCCCAGGAGGGUUUCGUUGUCUCGGUGUCUCUGAGAGGGAGAUUUCUGCAGGACUGUGUGGUCAUGAGUACUUCUACAAUCAGGAACUUCAGGAGUGCCAGGCUUGUUCAGACUGUGAUGGUGAGCCUGUUGGCAUUCCCUGCACUUCCACCAGUGAUGCUGUAUGUGGAACUGUGUCUGAGAACAUACUCUCACAGUCUUGGGCUGCUUCGAUUGCCAUACCACCAACAAAAUCGAAGAGUACUUCUAUCUAUCCUGGGCUACAGCUUAAUAUUCAUGGCAAAGAAGAAAACAAUCUGUUGAUCAACCAUGAUGAUUACCUCAAUCUCCAACAACAUGGACUGGUCUGGAUAGACUACAACUUUGCACUAAAGCACAGCUGCAGGAACUUUCUCCAGGUGGGGAUACGGAUAAAUGGCAGUGAAGAGGAGGGUCGAGACCUUAGCGGGGUUCCGAAUUGA